AUGUCUCAGGUGAAGAGAGCAGGAGAUGAAGAGAGGAACCAGCAGGAGUGUUCAGACGUUUAUUCAGACAUGAUGACCGUCAGCUCCACCGCAGAUAUUGGAGACCCAGUGAGGAGGGGGACACUGAUUGAGACCUCCGUGUCUGUGGGCCUCAGCAGGAGAAGCCGGGGCCUCCACCCUUCCCCCGCACGCAGACGACACCGCACCUCCUUCAGCCACAAACAGCUGGAGCAGCUGGAAGGGGCGUUUACACAGAACCAGUACCCAGAUAUCUACUACAGAGAGGAGCUGGCCCGGGUCACCAAGCUCAAUGAGGCCCGCAUACAGGUUUGGUUUCAGAACAGACGGGCCAAACAGAGGAAGCAGGAGCGCGCCUCACAGAAAGUCCUCCCUGUGGGUGUGGUUGGUGGUCACAGGGGGCUUCUGGGAGGCGUUCAUGUACAGUCGUCCAGCAUGAACCGGCAGUUUUACCCCCAGCCUCUGGCUCAUCUCCCCCGCCUCCCCCCUAUGAUACCCUCUGGGCCGUACCCGCAGUGCCCCUUCUCAGGCAGCGUCCCAUCAGCAGCAGCAGCUCAGAGGCAGCAUGAAGACUGGUACAGCCCACUGAGGGGCAACAUCCCCUCCCCCAUGUUCUCCCUGCAGCCUCUAGAGACGCCCUCUCACUGGAACUAA